UGUAAAAUACAGAACGCGGUAUUGUAAACGUCCCACAGUUUGUCAAUACUUUGGAUUACACUCAGUACACACGAGGCAGGGAUAAGAAGCGGAUCUGAGGAUAUCUCCAUGAACUUUUGGAACUUUCGUUAACUUUUUAGGUCUCUCAGCAAUGCAUCAACUUGACCCAAUACCACUUCAUAGCUGUGUCCUCUUGCGGGACGGCAGUAGGGAGAACUGGCAUUCGUCCUAAUCUCGGGACCUAAUCCACAUCUGUCAGGCGUUCGUUCUGAUAGUUGGAUAAGAGUGAAAAAUGUAGGCUCAAAGUACACAUGGAAAGGACUUACUCCGAAGGAUUUAUUAGUUGUAGCAGUGACUUGUAGAAAACCAGGUGGGUCUUUUAGGGAGUACAUCUUCAGGAGUAGUGAAUAAGUGGUUGUGCCAUCGUUAGGAUAGACAAGUUCUCAACCAAAAAUAGGAUACACGUGGGGAUUUUGUUUUAGGAUUGUCUAAUUUCGAUGUUGAAUUCUCUUGCCUGCUUAUUGGAGAGGGAAAUUUGUAUCAGAGGAGUUAUAGCAGAUGGUACAAAUGUUCUAACACACAGGGGAGCCUGCGGUGAAGAGAACCCGUGGCCUCGCAGCAUCUACCUGGUUACAUCGUUUGGAAAGGUACAGAAUCGUGUAGGAUAGCCACUUGAGAAACUGUGAAUGGCUGAAGUCAGCACAGGCGCGCGUCUUAGAGAGUGUAGUACGGAAUUCAGUGUGUAUCUCUUACAAAUGUCAUGUCCAGCGGUAGCGGGCCUCUUGCUGGUUAUGUGGUCUUGCUAAUGCUGUCCACGAUUGUGGUAUAUGGUUUUCCAGUACACCAUGUACCAUCAGGGAAUAAGCUAGCUCCAACCCCGUCAAUUACUUUUUUGAAGAAGACAAUGACACGACCGAAAUACUCCCCGUUUCGGGAGAAUAAGGAACUGUAUUACUUAAGGAACGCGAUUAUCGGGAGUUUAAAGGGUGUUCCAGAUGUACUAUCUGAAAGCUCAGGAAAAAGCAACAAUAUGAAUGUGAUACAUAAAACGGGUAGUAGCCUAGUACAAGUGGACUCUUCUGUCGAAAAGGUACCGAGAGGCGAGAAUAAUAUGAGCGCUUCCGGUCUGAGGGUACAAAAACGAUGUGUUGACUGCUCUGGGAGGGACGAUGACGUCACGACGGAGAGGCCAGUGUUUAUGUUUGAUCCACUUGCAACUGCUGAAGUUGAAAAUGUUGAUGAAAUGGAGGGGGUUCCACCGACGAAUAACUCUUUAAUAAUUCUUCCAUUGAUGGCCAUUAUUGUAUUCAUUGGGACUGUUUGCGCCAAAUGUUGCCGCUGGACGCAGAAAGACGUUCGCGAUGUAGGUUUCAUCGUCGAGGCGAAACCUUUGAAAAAGAACACAAUUGCAAAAGGCAUCAUGCAGAUGCAUAAUUUCGGUUUGACAGCAAGGACAAAUCGCAGCAAAAAGAGUAAAAACCUUGGUGUGCGGGCACCAGAACAAUUCAUGUUUCUUCCACUGUUGCUCGGUCAGUCCAUAACGGUAAGACCCAAUAAUUCCCUCUACACCAGGGCUAAGACUCCGCCGAAAACUGUAAGUAAGCGUACAGGUUCUGGGCGACAGCUCCAAUCGCUGACUGAAACUUACGAUCCUGGUAACGAUGCCAGUGAGGAUACCGACGAAGAAAAGCCAUUUGUUGGGCCUGGUUACAAGAGACAAACCUCGAGUCAGCCAGGAGAGCUUGCACUCAGGAAAUCUGUGUCCCCGCCAAGUAGGGGAAGCAAAGGCAGCAAAAGUAGCAGCAAACGUAGUAGAUCCACAAAUCAGGGUAGCCUUGACUGCCCUGACAUCGAAUUGGAUUCUUCCGAGGAGGAAAGGCUCGAGUUGGAAGAACAGUGUAGGAGGGGAUUGGCCGUGUUAGCCCACAUCAAUCCAGUACCGCUGGCCAGUAAGCCGCGCAGGUCAUCGCUCGCUUCUCGUAGUACAUGCAGCUCUGGCUCAACCAAAAUAUUUUCCGGUCAGAAAGUCUCGGUGCAAGUGGAUGUUCACGAGGGCGCGUCGGGUUCAGCACACGAUCUCAAAGUUCCUCGCGAACAGCACGGUUCCAGACACUCCAGCGCUGACGCUUGCGUCGACACUCAUGAUCUUAUUGAACACAUUGAGGAUUAUUACGGUGUCGAUAUCAGAGCAUUUAUAAACUUAUGGCAGCAACGUCGACGCUUUGCGAAUAUCAGUGAUGCAGUAGAUCUGCCCACUGCAGCAACUUACGCCAGGCAUCAUGAAAUCACACGAUCCAAAUCGUGCAAGUACCCUAAAAAAUCCAAGCCAUACUUGAAACGCCAAGUGUCAUUCCCCUUAGACCUUCCACAAUCCCUGGAUCAAGAUUCCCAUCCGCCUAUCCAAGGUUCUACACCACCGAUGAUUUCACGUAGUGUCAGUACAGUUGAGGAUGACGUAUUUACAAUGCCAGAGGAAACACUGCAGAUCACUCCAGUAAAACACCGGCAAAGCAACUGCGGAGUCCAAAUUAAAGAGACUGUCGAACUCAGCACCAUUGCAGUUCCCGAUGGUCCAGAGUCGUUUAUGCUGGAAGAACUCAGCAAUCUCCCGCUCUCUCCGGCCAUCUCCCACCAUUCCAUUUGUGACGACAGUGGCUAUCAUAACCAUUCGUUUUCCAAACUUGUGACCUCCCAACCGGGACCACCUCUCCACAGAACAUCCUCGGACGACUCUGCUGUGGCUACUAACCUGGCCAGUGAGUCCUCUCAGUCGAACCCGGACGGAUCUCCACGAGAAGGAUCUAACACUGUUCGUCAUUCUGUUGAAGGGUGCGUCGUCUCGCUCUCUUUGUCUGAUCUCACCUUGCAGGAUAGGCUAAACAGCCAAGACGGUCAAGAUACAUGUGCCAGUGAUUCUAUGCAAAGAACACCAAGUUUGCAGAUGCUUGUCGACUGCAAGGAGUCGUCACAGCCGCUAGGUGCUAGUUGUCAUGCUCAGGACCAUGCGCACGAGAAUGGUGUUUUCUCUAAAAGUGGCCAUAAACCAAAGCUAAAGGAUAUAGCAAACCAUGUGAACAUGUCAUCAGUAGGUUCAAAUGACAUGUCGAACGAUACCGAAAAACUCCUCGGUGACAAUCCGACUGAUGGAUACAACGCCGAAUCCUCGCGCAAACACUCAAAAACAAGAAGUGGAUUAUUCAGUUCGGGGAAGGAGGUUCCGGUUUCCUUCCACUUAGGUGAGCAUGGUGACGGUCAACAUGGCUGCGACAGGGGUGGGGAGGACGAAAGCUCGGACCACGACGAGUCGUUCGAUUCGUCCCCUAACGCUCCCCUUCUACACUAUUCAAUCAUAAAAUCGCGAGCGAGCAGCGAAAAAUCCACUGACAGGGACUUGGAAAACAACAAUGAACACUUGGUAUAACCGAAGUGGAGUUUUACUGCCAAUUUUUUACUUCCAUUUUUCCCAAUUUUUAAACAUCCUUUCCAAAAUACUGCUUUAUAUGACUGUUAAUAUUGUAUGUAUUGUGGCGCGAGUGUGUCAUGAUAUUGUAACUUUUUCAAUUUUAAGAUUUAUUUUUGGGUCUUAAGAAAUAUGCAAAGGAUACUUUUCUACAUAGCCUGUAAAUACAUGUAUAGGAACUUUCCAGACAUACUGGAAGUGUUAUUUUGAGGUAAUUCAUUUUGAAGUUUUCUUGGAUACAGGUAAUCUCUGGUCAUACUCACUAGGUACAUAUAUAUCUUGAUUAGAGGAAGUUUUUAUGUAGUAAAGGCGGACACACUAUUUCAUUAUUGCUGCAAACUGUGAGUCCACCUGUAUUCCAAGUGAUAUGGUCGUCACGGCUUCUGUCAGCGUGAGUUGAGCUCUCUACACGCUCAACCUGCUUUCUCUUUCGUGACUGUGCUUGGUCAAAGUGAACCAACAGCUUGUGACAUUCGGCUCUAAAAAUGUUUAAGACAGCACCCUUUGGAGUUCUGGGCUCGCCAAUGAAUUUUCAUCUUGGUCUUUAAGUAUUGGAAGCAUGCAAAGAACAUCGGUUGCUGACCAUGCUCUCGAAAUUCUGCUCGUUAUAAUCUUUAUCAUUCCCUCCAAGAACUCCAAAGUUACUGUCGAAAAGAUUAACUUUAGCGCUCUUGAAAAGAACUUGACUUUUAGUGGUAACACUUCUUGGCAAUAUUUCGGAAGAUCAUUCUUUAGAACUUCAGGUGUACUCUGUAGGCAGCGAGCAUAGCAAUUGCUUUAUAUUGCUUUAUAAAACCUCUUUUACAUUUAGUGUGUCAUCUCCAAGAUACUAAACAAACUUUAAACUUUGCCAUGUCAUUUCUAAAGACCCUUUGGAGCUUGUAUGACCAUGUUGGACAGGUGCCAUUCUCCACAUUAUUCGUGUCGUGGAACAUUACACCGGCUUGAUAAUCCACACUGCUUAAACUAUUUCAUUUUGGUGCACUCAUGUAACAAAACCGUUGGCUGUCGAAUUUAACUCCGUCAAGUCAAGUUUCUUCCUCGUGAUAUUAUUCAUCAUCAUUACAAAUCUGUAUUCAGACCAAACGUGCCCACCCAAACCGUUAUGCUUGUCAAUGUUACAUGUACCUUUGCUUAGUUGGGUUGCAGUUGUUGCAAUCGACAAUGAAGAAUUGACCUAUACCCGUGCCUGGCAUAGCCAUCACUGACUACAUUGUACAUGGAUGUUCUAAACAUUGCGAUGCUUAUACCUGGUAUUGGGGGAAAAAGCAAGAGAGUGUGUCAAUCACUUUGAAAGACAUCAGAUUACAAAGGAACAAGUACAUGUAGUAUGAAGAAAAGCUCGGCUGUUUUCUUUGGUACAAUCCAACCUGUAUAGGCUGUAAACAAACAACAUUUGAAAAGUGCGAUGUCGCGUGUGAUGCAUUAUCAUGCAAGGGUCCGUCACUUCAUUGCAUUAUUGGAUGAGGUGUUUCUCUUAAUAAAUUAACUGCUGUGCAUGUUCCCCUGAAAUAAAUGUCAACUGUUAAACAUUAUUUGUAGUCUUUCAGAUAAGAUACGCCGAGGUUUACCGUACUAAGGGGAAAAGGUUGAAAAGGGUAGCACUUUAAAACAAAAGUAGGAAUUUUUAGGACACAACCAGCUAUUCUUUACCAAAAAAAGUGAUCGUCUGCUGGUUGAAUGAGAGGAAAACGUUUUACCCCAAUAUUUUGCUCAUCCAUGUUAAUCAGUGAUUCGUCUUUUUCGCUAGACGAUUGGGUUCCGAUCUAUUGAAUCGCUUCUAUCCCACAGCCGGCUGUGAAUAUAAAUGAUUCACUAGAUCGGAACCGGAUAUAAUUGGACGUAGUAUACGCACUAUUGCUCAGAUAUGAUAAUUAUACAAUGUUUAGUUUGUUCAUGAAACUAAUGAUUUAAAAUUUCAUGAACAAGGAUAGAAGUUCUUUGCCCAGAAACCUACCAGUUACGAUUAUGUCUCUUAUUGCCAAGACGUCAGCAGUUAUACGCAAAGUGACUGAAACGGGUGUUCAGAAGUGUUGCACAACUUUGUAGCAAUUGAUAAACUUGACUCUCAAAUUACACGUCUAGAACCCUAAGAAUAGAAUUUUCUCAUGAACGCUUUUUAAAAUGUACAAGACAAUUAAUGCACAGACAAUUAACACAAAACAUGACACCCCAUGCAAUUCGCCCCCUCCAUUCCAGAGAUGUAACGAUUUAUGUCUUGACAACUGGAUAACCCGACCAGGUCAGCAAUCGGCUUGGGCUGUUUCCAGAAUCAAUGAUGUAAAUCAAGCUAUUGCAACCCUUAAUGCUUGAUCACCGUUAUCCGUAACAUUUAUUUUAAAGGGCCAACUGGGCAUAAUACUUGUUGGUUUUUCCGUACAAAACUGACUUCCAGCAGGCCCGCAACUUCUCCAAAUAGGAUCACUAAAAAAUCCUUGAACAGCAAUAAACAAUGCAAUAGAACGGCGGGAAGCCUUUGGCCUGCCGGAAAUUUGCAAGCCAGGUCCAAAACUGCCUCACAACACUGGCGAAAAAUAUCAACAAAAAUAAAAACUAGCCUAGUGUGAUGCAACCAAUGGCGGGGCAUGGUGUCAAGCAGGGACAUUAUCCACCGGGAUAGGUAAAUCCCACGCCCAAAUUGUCCCUUUAACUCCUAAUAAACUUGCUGAUGAAAGAAAAAAGAUAAUGCUCAGUAGAGUCAACACUGGCGUUUGUCACGUAACGCCGAUUGAGCAAGUUGGCCCUGGUGUUUAAAAUCAGGGUACUUGUAACAAGCUGUGUCGAAAUGGUAUGUUAUAAAUCCUUCCGAAUAUCAAGUUUCAUUUUAUUGUUAACAUUGAUUUGGUCUAAAAAAAUAUCAUUUUCGUACCA